AUGUCUUCCGAAAACACCACCACAAAUACCCAACAACCCGGCCUCAUCGCUGGCCAUGCCGAGUACGUCAAGGGCGCCGCUGAGGCCACCAUCGGCAGCGUUACGGGCUCGCACGCCUGGACGUCUUCGGGAGAGCAGGAUAAGGCGCACGCCGCAUCGACGAUGAAGGCUGCUGGUGAGCAGCGCGAUGCUUCGACGCAAGGGUACGGCAAGGCCGAGGAGAUUGCUGGCAAGGUCUUUGGGUGUGGGGGGAUGGAGCAGGAGGGCGCUGCUAGUAAGAAGUAG